CUCCUAACAGAGAAAUAAUAUAGUUUGACCUCCUAACAGAACUUUUUCAGGGCAUUUAACAGCAAAAACUAAAUAAAUAAAGUAAAGAGAUCUUGUUCUUCCUUCCCCUUUGGAUCCGCUGAAUUUCAAUUAUUAGAGAGAGAGAGAGAGAGAGAGAUUGUGGUAUGCAUUAUUCUUCCUUCAUCAGGAUUUUGGGGUAAAGCUCAGCGAUUCAUUUUCAUUUAGAUAUCUGGGAAUUGGUGUUUCCUGGAAGUGGGUGCUGCAGACUCUCUGUUUUGAAGUCAAGAGAGAAGUUUCUCAUCUUCUUCCAAACAAUUGUUGUUUAUCUGCAUCUGGGUUCAUCCUGAGACUCAUAGGACCGUAUAGUUUUUUAUUUCAACUGCAUGUGGGCUCUCCUUUGGAGCUUCACACGUUGCAAGCCAUGGGAGAGUGGAUCAUUGGAGCUUUCAUCAAUCUCUUUGGCAGCAUUGCCAUCAACUUUGGGACUAACCUUCUUAAAUUGGGUCAUACUGAGUUAGAGACAUCAACUGCGAUACGUUCACAUAUCUUCACAUCAUGUAAUGAGCUUCAAUGAAUCUGGCUAAACUAUAUGCAGAGAGAGAGGCAUUCUACUCUAGAAAUUGAUGGAACAAGUGGGAAGAGUCAUUUGAAGCCUAUCAUAUACUUUCAAACUUGGAGAGUUGGUAUUCUUUUUUUCUUUCUUGGAAAUUGCCUUAAUUUCAUUUCCUUUGGAUAUGCUGCUCAGUCACUUCUUGCCGCCUUGGGAUCAGUUCAGUUUGUAUCCAACAUUGCAUUUGCCUAUUUUGUGCUGAACAAAUUGGUGACUGUUAAAGUCCUUGUAGCUACAGCCUUUAUUGUUCUGGGGAACGUUUUUCUUGUUUCCUUUGGCAACCACCAGUCUCCUGUGUACACACCAGAGCAAUUGGCAGAGAAAUACAGCAACAUGACUUUUCUUUUUUACUGUAUGAUUUUGGUCAUAGUUGUUGCCUUGCAUCAUUACAUUUACAGGAGAGGAGAACUUUUGAUUGCUGUUUCUGGACAAGACCUUAGACCUUAUUGGCAGAUGCUUCUUCCUUUUUCAUACGCUGUGGUUUCUGGUGCAGUGGGAUCAUACUCAGUGCUGUUUGCAAAAUCUCUGUCUAACUUGCUAAGAUUGGCCAUGUCUAAUGGUUAUCAGUUACACAGUUGGUUCACUUACUCCAUGCUUCUUUUAUUUUUCAGUACAGCUGGAUUUUGGAUGACAAGAUUGAACGAAGGAUUGUCACUUUUUGAUGCAAUCCUUAUUGUUCCGAUGUUUCAGAUUGUUUGGACUUUCUUCUCUAUUUGUACUGGAUUUGUCUACUUUCAGGAAUAUCAGGUAUUUGAUGCACUGAGGACAACAAUGUUCAUACUGGGGAUGAUGAGCAUCUUCAUUGGCAUUUCUUUGCUGGCACCUGAUGAGCCAAGAGGUGGUGAGGUCAAAUAUAAUGCAUCUGUAGUUUCCGUUGUGCCUUCAAGUGUUACAAGUGAAUCUGACAGGCUGAUCAACCCUGUUGAAGAUGCACAAAACAAAGAACCAAGAUCGUUUGUACAAGGAAUAAUGGUGAAGGUUACAGAGAUGCUAGCCAAGACAAAGACUGCUUGUUCUUUAUCACUAGGUUUUGGAGAGGACUCGAUCAAUGCAUCUGCAGUUCUUGUGAUGCCCAUGGUUUCAUCAAAGAUAACAGGUUUCAGGGGGAGUUCGUUUGACCGGCCGAAGGUUUUCUCCCUCAGAAAUUCUGGUUGGAGUAAGAUCUCAAUGGAUGAAGGUAUAAAAGCGCUAGACUCAAACCCAAUGCUUCCCCAAACCCCUUGACAGAAGUAGCAACAAAGAAUAUAACAAGUUUUCCAUGAGGAAUUUUCCUUUUUUUUUUUUUUUCUCAUUUAAAUUGUCUUUGUUCACAGCAUUACAAUUGUUUAGGAUUGACUGAUAUGUGCUACGUCUCAAGCAUUCUUGUAGUUUUGAAACUGCAGCAUAGUGUAUAUUCUUCGCUCACUUGAUUCAAAAGAAAGGAAAUAGUUAUUUUUUUGUCCUA